AACAACAGUCAGUAAUCUUGAACAAACACUUGUCAACUUCCCUCAGUAUCAAUAGUGUACAUAACGGCCGUAGGUAGAUUAAUCGCCCAAGCUGGAGCUGGAGUUGGAGCGGAGGGAACAUUCUCCGGCAUCCAACAAACCACAUUAGAAAUCACUCGGAAUCAGAGCUUUCGGCUAUUUGCCCGACACGGAUCCCCGAACACAUUCUCCUACUCUCGGUCACCAGCACCAUCCGGACUAGAUUUUACCAGAUUGAAACGAUCAACGAGACUUCACAGCUUCUCGACCACGAGACAGACGCAAACACCCUCCAAAAGACAACAAGCAACAGCAAGCAUGCCUACCAUGCGUGCGGUCGAUAUCAAAGGCGGCAAAGGCCCCAUCGAUUCCAUGUACAUCAACAGUGAAAUACCUAAGCCUGUCCCCAAGGGCAGCCAGGCGCUCGUCAAAGUCAGAUAUUUCGGCUUGAAUCGUAUGGACCUCCUACAGCGCGAAGGUCUUUAUCCAUUGCCUCCACAGGCCGGACCGAUCAUGGGCGUCGAAUUCUCCGGGGUGAUCGAGUCUUUCGGCUCUGAGCCCGAAGCCGGGUUCAAUGUCGGCGACGAGGUCUUCGGGCUCGCCUACGGUGGCGCAUACGCAGAGUAUAUCGCUGUCAGCACGCACAUGCUUAUACACAAACCUAAGGAACUCAGCUGGGAAGAAGCCGCGGGUAUCCCGGAGACGUGGAUCACCGCCACACAAGCGCUUUAUUUGGUCGGCGAGUUCAAGCCGGGUAUGAGCGUGUUGUGGCAUGCUGGCGCCAGCAGCGUCAGUAUUGCGGGCAUACAGCUUGCGAAAGCGGACGGUGCGAGCGCGGUGUAUGUCACGGCCAGCACACAGGAGAAGAUUGACUUCUGUAAGAGUCUCGGCGCAACCGAGGGCUUUAGUUACAAGGAAGGCAACUGGGCGGAGGCGUUGUUGAAGUACACUGACGGCAAGGGGGUGGAUUUGAUUGUAGAUUUCAUUGGGGCAGGGUAUUUCAGUCAGAAUCUCGAUGCGGCGGCAAGGGAUGGGCAUAUUGUCAACCUGGGCACUAUGGGUGGGGCGGUAGUCAAGGGAGAUGUCGAUGUUAGUAGGAUCCUGAGGAAGAGGUUACGCAUCGAAGGGAGCACGUUGAGGAGCAGAGACGAGAUAUAUCAGGGGAAAUUGAGAGAUAUGCUGGUUGAACAUGCCCUGCCGAGGUUUGUGAAGGGCGAGUUCAAGGUGCCUAUCCAUAAGGUGUACCAGAUGGAGGAGAUUAAGGAGGCACAUAAAUUGCUGGAGUCCAACAAGACGAUGGGGAAAGUUAUUUGUAAGGUGAAUUGAAGGGGAUAUAGCGUGGAAGAACCCAUGGUUGGCAGGACGGGGAGGAUGUCUUCAGUGCAAAGGUGCAACGGGACGAGAGGGGGAAAUGUCUUCUCGAGGCAUUUCAGAGUCGACGAUUUGUGUUGACGUCCACUGAUAUAUAUUUGCUACCAUGAGGGAGGAAAAGAAAGACUUUGGCUGAUACCGAAGGUGAGAAGCCAGGACCAUCAUGGACUAAAGAUUGAUGUUGCCAUGGAGUCUCAAAGGUCCGCGGUAGCUAAACUUUUUCGCAC